UGUUUCGUUCACCAAGCGCGAGAGUUUCUUUUCCUCUCUUCUUCACUUUUCGUUUUCUUCUUGGAACCCUAGGGACAUGGAGGUGUGUGCGGCGUGAGAGAGUGAAAAGAGAAGCCCAUUUCUUCAACCUUCGGGCACUUCCUCCAUUCUUUUCAUUUGAUUUCAUUUGUUUCUCUUCUUCUUCUUCUUCAAUGUCUCACUGCGCGGCAAGGUGUGCCAGAAGGUUUGUGAACCUCACGCGUGCUCUCUCCACGGAGGCGCGUGCGCAGAAGGUGGAGCGUAUUGCCAACGAGCUUCUCGAUCUCAACAGGUUUGAGAGGCAUGACUUCACCGUCCUCUGGCGGCUCAAGAUGGGUCUCCACCGCUAUGGUGCUCCGAUGGCCGACGCUGUUACACCAUCAAUGCCGGCUGCAGGGUCGCCUGGGGUGGAGGCCAGUGCUGCGGCAGAGAAGACGGUGUUUGAUUUGAAGAUGGAGAAGUAUGAUGCUGCUGCCAAGAUCAAAAUCAUCAAGGAAGUGAGGUCCUUUACUGACUUGGGGUUGAAGGAAGCCAAGGACUUGGUGGAAAAGGUUCCUUGUGUUUUGAAGAAGGGGCUCACCAAGGAGGAGGCUAAUCCCAUUCUGGAGAAACUCAAGGAGUUGGGUGCUGCAGUUGUGUUGGAGUGAUUCUUAUACUCUGUUUUAGUGCUCUAGAUUUUUUAUGUUAGAUGUAGUACCAUGAAGCCUAUUUAUGGGUAAUUAAUGAUAAAUGAUAAGUUAUAUCUUUUA